UUCAAGCGUUGUCUCUCUCUCUCUCUCUCUCUAAUAAGCACAAGUCGCCACUUUCCAAUCCCAUUCAUUUCCAGCAUCAGUGUUGGUGGCGUUUCGGCUAACAUGACUAGCCUAGGCGUACAAGCGGUGACGGGGCGGUGGUUCAUGUUGUUCGCCUCCUUCUUAAUCAUGUCUGCCGCCGGCACCGGCUACAUGUUCGGACUCUACUCCAACGACAUCAAGUCUUCACUCGGCUAUGACCAAACCACUCUCAAUUUGCUCAGCUUUUCCAAGGACUUAGGCGGCAACUUCGGUGUACACUCCGGCUUACUCAACGAGGUCACUCCACCCUGGGUGGUGCUUGCGGUGGGCGCAGUGCUCAACUUCUUCGGAUACUUCAUGAUUUGGCUAGCCGUAACCAAAAAGAUCUCCACGCCUCAAGUGUGGCAAAUGUGCCUAUACAUAUGUGCAGCCGCCAAUUCCCAGGCCUUCGCCAACACUGGUGCCCUUGUCACGUGCGUCAAGAAUUUCCCAGAGAGCCGUGGCGCCCUUCUGGGACUCCUCAAGGGCUUCGUCGGUCUCAGCGGUGCCAUCGUAGCCCAAAUCUACCACGGCGUCUAUGGCAACGACUCCGAGUCUCUCAUCCUCCUCCUUGCCUGGCUCCCAACGGUGAUCUCCUUCGCUUUCCUCCGUACGAUUCGAAUCAUGAAAGUGAUCCGACAACCCAACGAGCUUAAAGUGUUUUACGAUUUCUUGUAUAUAUCGCUUGGGCUGGCUGGUUUUCUCAUGGUUAUAAUUCUACUCGAGAACCAAUUUCAUUUUACUAGGAUGGAGUACGGCGGAAGCGCCGUCACGGUGCUUGUUCUGUUGUUUUUGCCGCUGGCAGUUGUGAUUAGAGAAGAGUAUGGUAUUUGGAUGGGGAAGAAAUCACAAGCGAUAAACAAAUCGACGAGCCAAUUGGAAGUUAUGGUCGAGAAACCAAGUGGGGAGGCGGCGGCUCCGCUGCGGUCGCCGCCGUGCACCAAUGGUGCUGCCACAAGUGAACUAAUUUUGGAAUCGACAUCUUCUCUGUCCAUCAAUGGUGCGCCAACUACAGCUCAAACACUACCCACUUCCCUAGAGCAACGAGAAUCCAUCUCCUGCUUCAAAAACAUGUUCCGCCCACCAAACAGGGGCGACGACUACACCAUCCUCCAGGCCCUCUUCAGCAUUGACAUGCUCAUCCUCUUCUUCACCACUUUCUGCGGCAUCGGCGGAACCCUAACUGCCAUCGACAAUCUUGGCCAGAUCGGCACCUCCCUUGGCUACGCAGAAAAAUCCAUCUCCACCUUUGUCUCCCUCAUCUCGAUAUGGAACUUCCUAGGCCGCGUCUUUGCCGGUUUCGCCUCUGAGAUCUUCCUCAAAAAGUACAAAUUCCCUCGCCCUUUAUUCCUCACCCUCAGCCUCCUCUUCUCCUGUGUUGGACACCUCCUAAUUGCUUUUGACGUCCCAAACGGCCUCUACAUUGCCUCAGUCAUCAUUGGAUUCUGCCUCGGCGCCCAACUGCCUCUCUUCAUGGCAAUCAUAUCCGAACUCUUCGGACUCAAGUAUUACUCAACCCUAUUCAAUGUCGGAGCUAUGGCGAGCCCGAUCGCAUCAUAUGUACUAAAUGUUAAGGUUGCAGGCCACCUGUAUGAUAGAGAGGCUCGCAGACAAAUGGUGGCAUCUGGGGCCACUAAAGGGGCAGGGAAUGACUUGAAUUGUAGCGGGGCGGAUUGUUUUAAGUUGGCUUUUAUUAUUGUAACAGCGGUGACAUUUUUGGGGGCGAUUGGUUCAAUGCUAUUGGUGGUUAGGACAAGGAAGUUUUAUAAAAGUGAUAUUUAUAAGAAGUUUAGGGAAGAAGCGAAGGUGGUGGAGAUGUAGAUAUGGAGGUGGUGGAUGAGGGGUGGGGGAGAGGAAAGGGGGUUGAUGGAUAGAUUGAUUAAACCGAGAUACUUAUAUUUGUACUGUAUUAAAUAAGAACAAAAGGAGGAUGGAUGCAUAUAUAGGUGUAUCAAUCAUGGGGAGAAGAUCGAAGGGAUAUUUACUAGUUAAUGUCUCUUUGCUAGUACUGACGUAUAUAUAGUCCUUGUCCUUGUGUUUUCCCUU